AUGGCCGUCCAAAGAAUCGUUCCCGCUUUUCAAGGUAUUGAUGAUGCCACAGCUGCUCUAAUCCUACAACUUCUACUCCAAGACUCGGAAGAGCUCGCUGCAAGUGGUGCUAAGGGUAAAGAUCGGGCAGGUACUUCUGCAUCGGAUUCUGAACUAGCCGUGUUGUUGUAUCAGCAAGAAUUGAAGAAGAGUGAACAGUUCGUCAAUGAUCGUCAAGUUGCUGCUCAUCUUGAUCCGUUGGGUACUAUUACAUAUAAUGGGUUGGAGCAGGCUCGACGUAUCAAGGCGGCACGUAUCCCAGUAACGGCAAAUGCUAUAGUCAGAGCUCUUAUUACAACAGUUGCAAAGGAAGAGAAUGAUAAGGGUCCAAGUCUUACAUUCAGCAGCACGAUCGCCAAAGCAGCUGCAAGUUGUCCAUCACCAGAAAAGUUGUCUUCGAAUGCUUCAAGCUCAGGAAGUUCCACCCAGUCGGACGAUACGUUCAAGACUAGCAAAACAUCCAUCGUAUCUCAAUCAAACUCCAACUCGGUCAAGAAUGCAGAAAUCAACCAACAAGUUGCCGAGUCCUCCGCUUGGGCAGCUUCAAGAAACACGAGCAACAAGGGUAAAGAGAAGGUUACAAGAUGUUGCGUUUGCUACGAAGACAUUCCAACCUACGAUGUAGUCGAUCUCUCCUGCGAAGACCAUUACUGUCGCGAUUGCCUUCAACAACUAUUCUCCCACUCAUUCAAAGACCUAACACUAUUCCCCCCACGAUGCUGCAAGAACGAACUCACUCCCGAAAUCGUCGGACUGCUCCUAACUUCAGAUCUCAUCCGCGAAUUCGAAGAACGAAAACUCGAGUACGAUACGACUGAUAAGAUAUACUGCGCCAACUCGACCUGCUCGGCUUUCUUGAAAAAAGAGCAUAUUGACACCACAAGCAACGCAGCUUUCUGCCCCGCUUGCUGGACAGAAACUUGUACCCUCUGCAAAUCUCCCGCUCACGAAGGUCUCUGCCCCGAAGACGAAACAACAAAGAUGAUCCUCGCCUUAGCAGAGAAAAAUCACUGGAAACAAUGUUCCUCCUGCAAAGCCAUGGUCGAGAUCUCUUUCGGAUGCAACCACAUGAGGUAUCCCCCCCUCCCCCUCCUCCUGCCCCUCCAACUCCCCACGUUCCCACUAACAAGCCCAGAUGUCGCUGCGGCACCGAAUGGUGCUACCCGUGCGGCACUCCCUGGAAACACUGCAAAUGCGCGCUCUGGACCGAAAACAACCUUCUCAUCCGCGCGACCGCCAUUGCGGAUCGCGAAGCCCCUAUGCCAGGAGUCAGUCGGGACGAGCAGAUUAAUGCGAUCAAGGCGAAUUUGA